AUGAGGAGGAGUGACCAGCUGAAUGUUGGAGACUACAUCAAGUCAGUGAAUGGCAUCAACCUGUCAAAGCUUCGCCACGAUGAGAUCAUCAGCCUGCUGAAAAACAUCGGGGAGCGGGUCGUGCUGGAGGUGGAGUACGAGCUGCCUCCAUUUGUCCAGAACCCAUCAGGCGUCUCAACCAAAACCAUAGAGGUGUGUUUACACAAGGAGGGGAACAGCUUUGGGUUUGUCAUGAGAGGAGGCUUCCACGAGGACUGGCGCAGGUCACGACCUCUGUUGGUUACAUACGUCAGGCCUGGAGGUCCCGCUGACAGAGAAGGCACUUUGAAGGCAGGAGACCGAGUAGUGAGCGUAGACGGGAUGUCUUUAAACAGGGAAAAGCACGCUGACUCUUUGACCAUGCUGAUGCAGAGCGGCCAGGAAGCUCUGUUCCUGAUUGAGUAUGACGUCUCUUUCAUGGAGGCAGUGCAGCGAGCCUCGGGCCCUCUGCUGGUGGAGAUAGUGAAAGGUCCCUCCUCCAGCCUUGGGAUCAGCCUCACUACAACAAUAUACAGGAGCAAACAAGUUAUUAUUAUAGACAAGAUAAAGGCAGGCAGCGUGGUGGAAAGGUGUGGAGCGCUGCACGCAGGUGACAUCCUUCUGUCUAUAGACGGGACCGGCACGGAGCACUGCUCUCUGAUGGAGGCCACGCAGCUGCUCGCCAGCACCAUUGAUGUCGUUAAACUGGAGAUCCUCCCCGCCAGUCAGAGCAGACUUCCUGUCAGACCGCAAGACACAGUAAAAGUGCAGAAGAGCAACAAUCAUCACUGGGACCAAAGCAGCAACUACUGCCAUCCCCCACAUGCCAGCCACGGAAAGACAUGGAGCAGCCCAAGCCACCCACUCAACCAGCAGGACCACUGCAAAUCGGUGGUGAGCGGCGGCUUCUCUCCUUCCUCCACAGCCACCUCAGGCUUCAGCAGCCAGGGGAGCAACACGCUGCCCUGCCCCAUCCCCCCCAGCAGCCCCCGAAACUCCACGGGCCGUAGGAGGAACAGGAAGAAGGACCACAAAAGCUCACUAUCUCUGGCCUCCAGCUCUGUCGGGCCGGGGGGGCAGGUCUUUCAUGUGGAAACGAGCGAGGUCAUCCUGAGGGGGGAUCCGCUCACAGGUUUUGGGAUCCAGCUGCAGGGAGGUGUCUUCGCCACAGAAACGCUGUCUGCUCCCCCAGUCAUCCGCUUUAUUGAGCCCGACAGCCCAGCUGAGAGGUAA